AGGUGCAGCCCUUAAAAGUCUCCCCUUCUCGUGCUACAUAGUGUUGUUUUUGCAGUUUUGCAGGGGCCUAUCGGAUAGCUUCUGCCGCCCUGGGCAGGUUGUGAGAUGUCGGGCGGAGGCCGCUGCCCCGGCUGCGGGUCCACUGAGCUGGUGGAAGACUCGCAUUACUCGCAGAGCCAGCUGGUGUGCUCCGACUGCGGCUGCGUGGUAACCGAAGGGACCCUGACCACCACCUUCAGCGACGAGGGCAACCUCCGAGAAGUAACAUAUUCCCGAAGCACAGGGGAAAAUGAACAAGUUAGUCGCAGCCAGCAACGAGGCCUCCGCCGAGUAAGAGACCUCUGUCGAGUUCUGCAGUUGCCACCAACAUUUGAAGACACAGCAGUUGCCUACUACCAACAGGCAUACCGACACUCUGGCAUCCGGGCUGCGAGGCUGCAGAAAAAGGAGGUGUUGGUUGGGUGCUGUGUCUUAAUCACUUGCCGGCAGCAUAACUGGCCCCUGACCAUGGGAACCAUCUGUACCCUGUUGUAUGCAGAUUUGGAUGUAUUUUCUGGCACCUACAUGCAGCUAGUGAAGCUUCUAGGACUGGAUGUGCCAUCUCUGUGCUUGGCGGACCUGGUGAAGACCUACUGCAGCAGCUUCAAACUGUUCCAAGCCUCCCCCGCUGUGCCAGCCAAGUAUGUGGAGGACAAAGAGAAGAUGCUGUCACGAACACUGCAGUUGGUGGAGCUGGCAGACGAGACGUGGCUGGUCACCGGGCGGCAUCCCUUGCCUGUGAUCACUGCUGCGACUUUCCUGGCAUGGCAGUCGCUGCAGCCUUCAGAUCGUCUCACAUGUUCCCUUGCCCGAUUUUGUAAACUGGCCAAUGUGGAUCUGCCCUACCCUGCUUCCUCCCGCUUGCAAGAAUUGCUGGCUGUGCUGCUGCAGAUGGCAGAGCAGCUGCCCUGGUUGCAGGUUUUGAAACUUGACAAACGAUCUGUGGUCAAGCACAUCGAUGACCUUCUCCAGCACCGCCACACGCUGGUCCGCAAGGCCUUUCGGGAUGGAACCACAGAGCUGGAAUCCCAGAAGGAGCCACAGGGACAGGGGCAAGGACAGGGAAAAGAGGAGGUGGGGAAGAGUGCCUUAGAUUUGCCUGAGGGGAAGCGACCACCCAGUCCUACCCUUCUCCUUCCCCCCUGCAUGUUGAAGCCUCCAAAGCGGGUCUGCCCCACACCCUCUGUCUCCACAGUCACUGGAGAUGAGAACAUUUCUGAUAGUGAAAUAGAGCAGUAUUUACGUACCCCUCAGGAAGUGAGGGACUUUCAGAGAGCUCAAGCUGCUAGACAGGCUGCAGAAAAUGCUCCUAACCCUCCAUGACGUCCAUUCAGUGGGGGUACCUUACCCCAUUCUUACGGCAGUUUGAUCAGAGGCCUGUCCUAUCUAGAGAAAUGAGUCUGUGUAAGUUCUUGUUUCUAGGAACUAUUUCACUGUACCCCAGGCCCUAGAGUAACCGUUGGGGAACUCUGGGACAGGUGGCUUGGGAAGAUUCCCAUCCUUGGGUGUGAAAGAGCAAAUUGCAUAUACGUUCAUGUUCAGAGGGAUGGCUUUCCUCUUUAUAUUACUGGGUGACUGUCAGGCUCUCCUGCUCCUGGUUUGAAUUGGACACGCUGCCACUGCAGGCCUGAUGAGGCCUCCCUGUAGGUAUGGAGCAGGUGGCAUUCCUACUACCAGCCCUGGGAGGAACUAGGGGCCUCUGGGCCUGUGUACAUUUGCAGGUCCUGGUGGGUUUGUGGGUGGUGUCAUGAGAUCCUCUACCUCAUAACAAAAGGACCGUGGGUGGACUAAGUUAUAGCUUACAGGGUUUUCGCAAAAUUUUAAUAUAUUAAAACAAGAGGCAUCUGCUAGAAAACAUUCUAUUGUAUAAAACCCGAGCCUUUAAAAACAUGUUUUCUUUGGCACUUUUCAUCCCUUCCCUCCCCUUUCCCCAGCGUAUUGCAAAAAGCUCUCCAGUGCUAAGGCAUUGGCAGGGUAUGUAAACAGCAGCCAGCGUAUGUGGAAGAAUAAUACAAAGCUUUUUUUCCCCUC